GAAUGUACUUCUAUUCCAAUUCAAACAACAAGCGAACAACGAACAAUAACAGGAAACCAAGCAAACAACAUUGUUCUCUCAUCUUUCUCAGAACACAACCAAAGUUAACCAAAUGGCUGAUAACAACCAUAAGCCUCUGAGGAAAAUCUCCGAGUCCUUCAAGGAGCUCGAAGCCACCGUGAAUUCCCAGACCCCAGAUGACAUCGAUGUCGCGUCUUUCUCUCGAGCCUGCUCUCUCAUCUCGCCUCUCUUCGGUUGCUUGGGCAUCGCCUUCAAGUUCGCCGAGAUGGACUACGUCGCCAAGGUGAAUGAUCUGGUGGAGGCAUCGAAGUCAAUUGGGACAUUGCAGGCUAUGGUUGAGCGAGAUGUAAAAGCCAACACUGUGAAGAAAGGUGGGAGUCACACCAGAAAUCUCUUGCGAGUCAAACGUGGGAUCGACAUGGUUAAGGUUCUCUUUGAACAAAUUAUAGUUACUGACGGAAAUUCCCUGAAGGAUGCAGCUACUAAGGCUUAUGCACAGGUAUUUGCUCCCCAUCAUGGGUGGGCUAUCAGGAAAGCUGUAGCAGCAGGGAUGUAUGCCCUUCCUACAAAGGCACAGCUAUUGCAGAAGCUCAAUGAAGAUGAGCCGUCAGCAAGGAUUCAAAUGCAAAGUUACAUUACUGCAUCAGCUCCUGUAAUCCUGUACAUUGACAAACUCUUCCUUACAAGAGAUUUGGGUGUAGAUUGGUAAACACUAGUUGUUAGAUUUAUUUGACAUAAUCAAUUUCUAUCUAUUCGAAUAAGGUCGAAAUUAUGAAUUUCUAUCAAAUUCCACAAAGUUAUUGUAUAUCAUGACAGGUGUUUAUGGGAGUCGGUGUUGUAUGUUGCUUGCAAAUGGCCGAGUUUGUACAAUGCUAUUUAUUACCUUAAAUGAAUAUUUGGAAUAGUGUCAGCUUAAUCCA